UGCACGUUUGGUGUCCUUCGGUCGUCGGUUCGAUUGGUUUGAUGGUCUAUGCUUAAAUUCGAGAUCAUAACCAUUGCUUAGCAUUGAAUAUCUCCAGUCAUGGGAUUUGAUGUGAAAAGACUGGACAUUUACCGGAAGGUGCCCAAGGACCUGACGCAGCCGACGGUGACGGGUGCCGUCAUCUCCGUAUGCUGCUGCUCCUUCAUGCUGUUGCUGCUCAUCUGCGAGCUCUGGUACUUCGUGUCACCCGAAGUAGUAUCCGAUUUGUUUGUGGACAAUCCAGGCGAUCACGCGGAACGCAUUCCCGUAUUUCUCAAGAUCUCUCUGCCGCGCAUCAAAUGUGAUUACGUCGGUUUGGAUAUUCAGGACGACCAGGGAAGGCACGAGGUGGGCUUCGUCAAUGACACGCAGAAGACACCCAUCAUGGAGGGAAAUGGAUGCCUGUUCGAGUCGAGCUUUAGGAUCAACAAGGUGCCAGGCAACUUCCACGUGUCGACUCACUCGGCGUCCGACCAGCCUGACGAGAUUGACUUCGCGCACGUGAUCCACGAGGUGCGCUUCGGCGAGACGCCGCGAGUGAACGUGCCCGACUCGAGCUUCAACCCGCUGGCCGGUCGGCAGGUGCUCGACAAAACGGUGGGCUCCCUCCUGCCGCCGGAUGACGCCCCGCCGGCGUUCGAUGACGACGAUGACGAACACUGGCUGCCCGUUCCAGCCAUGGAGUCGCACGACUACGUGAUGAAGAUCGUGCCCACCGUCUAUGAGGACAUAUCGGGAAACAAAGUGGUCUCCUAUCAGUACACUUACGCGUAUAAGACGUAUAUAUCGUUCAGUCCGAUGGGCCGUUUCAUUCCGGCCAUCUGGUUCAAGUAUGACCUGAACCCCAUCACGGUACGCUACCACGAAAAGAGGCCACCCUUCUACACCUUUAUUACGACGGUGUGUGCCAUCGUGGGCGGUACGUUCACAGUGGCCGGCAUCAUCGACUCGGCCAUCUUCACCGCCUCAGAAAUGUUCAAAAAGUUCGAGAUCGGCAAGCUGACGUAACGCACGGAGUCCGUCUAGGAGUCUGAAUUUUGUCAUCUUGCCGCGACCGUGGCCGGCUGCCCGGUAAUGAAGAAAAGUGGCAGAUCUGAACUGACGGAGCGUGCAAUCGUUGUGGCGAACUGAUGAGGUUUGUGACGUCAUUUGAGGCUGCGGGGGAUGAGGGAUACACGGCCGGGGGAGGGGAGGGUGACGCCGCGUGGAGUGUGGACGGGUAGCGGCCUGGAAACUGCUGGUGAUGGGUGAAGGGUGUUGAGCGGAACGGCUACCACAGCUGGUCGGCACUGACGGUAAGACGAACGAUAGAUGCUAUUUUUCA